AUGCAUUUGGGAUUAUUUUACUUUUAUCAGCUAAUAUUCUCUAGACUUUGCUCAUGUUUAGUUUUUAGCUACUCAAGAAGCGCAGUUCUACGCCCGGUUGGAGAUUUACCUCCUAAAUAUGGAGUCAUUGGCUUAUUCUCAUUUAUAGAGUCAAAUACCGGGGCUCCCUGUAACAUAUUCAAGAAUAAUAAUAAUUGGAGAUGUAGGAAGAUCAAAUUUCUUGGUUCAAGAAGACAUAGACCUACACAUCGUCUGAAUGUUUCGGUUCAUUCGGGUAGCAUAAGUGCAGACAAUCCUCACUAUACAAACAUUUCUGAUACUUCUAUAUCCAUUUCCAAGUUCAAACUACAGAGGAAGGAUGAUGAAGACGAGGAUGAAGGAGAAUCACAGGAAGAAAAGUAUGUUCCUGGAACUGACCCUCCUGCAGGUGAAGACUUUUUCAAGCGUACACUUGCCUAUCUUCAAGAUAAAGAACUGCAAAAACAAAUAGAUUGGAGACACCCAAUGCCAUGUAGUUUAUCACAAAUUGCAGCCUUUUCUACUGUCAAAGAACUCAUGCCUCCAAGUAUGGCCAACACAUGUUUUAAUGUAACAGAUGGUACUGAUCUCGACGAAUUACUGGGAAAAACAAGAGACAAGAUAUAUAACAAAGUAAAUAUUGAGGCAUUUUUUAGGUUUGAGCCAAGUUUUGGGUUCGAAAGAGAUGGUACAGAUGUAUUUCCUGAGGAUCCAGAAUUUCCAUUAGUAAAGCAACCACAUGAUGCGCCAAUCUUUGAAGGGGAAAAGGGAGACCCUUCAAUACCUUUGGGUUGGAGAACUUUUGCUGUGUUGGCUAUGUUACCUUAUGUUGAUGCAAAAGCUGAUCCAUCUCUGUUGUGGAAUUCUCAAAAAACUGCCGAGGGUCAACUACAACCGCGGCUCGCUUCUGGUCUAUUCAAAUAUGGUCCCAGGUUUAACUUUGUUGCUUCUAGAGAUGCUAUAAAUCCAGAGGGAUAUCUACUGCAUUCUAAGGACCCUGUUCGUCCAGGAGAAUUAUUUCGUGGGAAUAAGGGUGAUUUAUCAUCAGUUAUAAUCACAGAUCCUCCAAGAGAAUGCUCAACUAUUAGUAAGGAUUUGUACACAAAAAGGUUUUCUGAAGAUGGGAUUUGGCCAAAGAAGUGUUUGGAUAACGUGUUGAGUACUUUAACGCCAUUGCAAGUUGUGUGGGCUAAACUUUCCACAAGUAUGAUGCAUUCUACAGCAAAGAUAAUACGUUUUUAUCGGUUGGCAGUACGAAAGUUUCACGAAAAAGAAAUAUUCUCUAGAACAAACAGGCUCAAUAUAGAUGAAAUUCAUAAAUCAGAGUCUAAGAAGGGAGCUAUAGAUGUGAUCGUAGGAAAUAUGUACUUUAUGGCAGCCCCAACCCUUCAUCAUGCAGUGCAGCUUGUACGUAGCGAUCCAAUGGCUCGGGCAAAUAUUUAUAAAAACCUUCUGAUAUUCGAAGCCGAAGAUGCAUUGAAGAACCAAUUUUUGGAAAAAAGACAUCGAGACUACACAAAUCCAAGACAGUACCUUGUUUUUGGGAGAUAUAAUAUGGACAGUGAGUAUGCAGAGAUUAUGAGGGAGAGAAUGACUCGAUUUUUGAUACGCUCCAAUUGUGUAAGAACUUAUGCUACGUUAAAAGCACCGAGAAAGGAUUCCCUUGUUGAUUUUAAACUCCCUACACAACAAUUGCUACCUGUAAAUAACGAAUACAUUGAUUUGAUUGUAAAAAGAGAUAUAAGAUUUAGAGAUGCAUGUCUUACUCACAAUGAAACAGAACCAAUUGGUGAUAUGAGUAUCAUAAACCAGUUUGAUUAUGACGAUGCAUUGGACUGGGCAAACAGGAUACCUUAUACCCGUUCUGGCACAUAUGAUACGCUCUUUGUUGCUAGAGCAGAUGAGGUUGCAUUUUAUGGACGUAAUUGUAAAUAUACUGUUCCGCUACCAAUGAAGAGGUCUUUCCUUCCAUUGAGACAAGAAUAUAUCACUGUGAAGUUUGAUCCAUUAGCUACAUUGUCUAAGCGUAUGACUACUAUAUCUGGACAUAUUAUUGCACUCCCAAAGUCUGAAACGGUUAUAAACAAUGUUAAUAAUGAAAAAACUAAUGAUUCUCAUCUCUACGAUAAAAACAAACAACCCGAAAAGACCAUGGAUUCUUGGCCAAACAGAUUAUUUAUUACAAUCAAAACAACAUACCCAGAAAAAUACAAGCCGGCAAACUUCUCCCAUAUCUAUGCAGAAAAAAUUAAACUAAAACGAUCAUGUGUUUCCCGCUUCAAAAGCAUUCCACUCAGUGCAAGUAAUAGCUCACAUUUUAAUGUUUCCUUUGAUAGAUUUGGAUGGAAAGAGCAUACAGAAAGUACACGUAAAUCUGUAUACUGCGAUAUUCAAACUACACCAUGGUUACGUAUUAGCUUCGAUGCCUUGGAAAAGUUGUUGCAAGAAGAUGCACCAAAAGAACUGGAUAGACCAUUUUAUGCAGAUCUUUUGAAAGAUUAUGUAUACUUAUCCCUUCCUGAGGGACAUUUUUUUUUACCAAAACCAGGAUAUACAAAUGAUGCAUGGAGUGGUAAUGAUGACGAGUUAGUUCCGCCUGCUUCUGCUGAAGAUAUCUGUCGUCUGAGAGAGUAUAAGCCGGAGGCUAUAUCAGGAAUAUGGAUAAGGAAGAAAGAGUGUUUUUUGUUAUAUAAUAACCCACAAGAGAGAUAUUUGCUAUUUGGUAAAAGAGGAGAUGGUAAGGAUACACCGAUUACCGAUAAAGACUUUAAAAAUGUGAUUAUUAAGACUGAACUUGUUUUGGAUUUGUUCAGAAAGGGUGGAAAUCAAUCUUUGCCACGUUUAACACAAGCAUAUAGCAGAAAAGAUGGUAAAUUAGUUUCACAUUUAUCUGAAGAGGAAAAAAUGAAGACAGCCUAUUCUGUUGAUCCACUAAAUCGUUACUUUGCAAAAUACAAACAAGAUGAUGAUUUGCCUGCAUGUAGAUUUUACGAAAGGGGUCUUACGUUUUCACCAUAUGACCCUAGGUACCUCAUGGGUUCGGAUCCUGGAGCGCUGUAUCAACUUCAGUUGGAAUUUAUUGAGAAACUGGAUCGUGGUUUAGUGUCCAUUGAUGAUGAUCCAGUUAAAAUCAUGGUGGAAGCAGACCAUUACAAGUCACUUUUUAAGUCAAAUUGUUCUGCUGUGAAAUGGGAAGACUAUGAUACUGAACUAAUUAAACGUAAAGAUGUUAAGAAAGCAAAUUCGACAAAAACUUAG